GGGAGCGGGAGCGGGGCCGGGGCAGCUCUCCCUCCCGCGGCAGCCAUGGCAGAGGGCUCCGAGAAGGUGCCCAUCGCCCGAGUGGGGCCUGACGAUGUGGAGCAGUGCCUGCCACCCGCGUACGCGGCGGCGGUGCCUCCCGGGCCGGGGCGGCUGCUGAAGGCGGGGGCCGCGGUGCUGAUCGCCGGAGCUCUCCUCCUCCUGGCCGGGGCCAUCGGCGCCUUCUACUUCUGGAAAGCCACCGAGCGGCAGGUGUACAAUGUUCACUACACUAUGAGCAUUAAUGGAAAAGUACAAGAUGGAUCAAUGGAAAUUGAUGCUGGAAACAAUUUAGAGACAUUCAAAACGGGAAGUGGGAGUGAAGAAGCUGUUGAAGUUCAUGAUUUUCAGAUUGGCAUAACUGGGAUCCGCUUUGCUGAAGGAGAAAAGUGUUACAUCAAAGCUCAGCCAAAAGCGCACAUCCCCGAAGUUGAUGCUAUGACUAAAGCAAGCCUCUCAUCUGAGCUGGAAGAUGAAAUCAUGCCUGUGAGAUUUGACGAAAACUCCCUUAUCUGGGUGGCUGCAGAUGAGCCUAUCAAGCAUAACAGCUUCCUAAGCCCUAAAAUUUUAGAGCUUUGUGGGGAUCUUCCAAUUUUCUGGCUGCGACCAACGUAUCCCAAAGAUAACCAAAGGAGAGAAAUGAAGAGAAACAAACGCCAGUCAGAAUCAAACUUUGAUAUGGAAGACUUGGAAGCUGCUAGUGAAGAAGUAAACACUAGGUCACCCACCGUGCAGCUGACUCAAGAGCUUGAUCACCAGCCUAAUGAAACCAGGCCAAUGGAACAAGAAACCGACCAAACACUUAAUCCAGACAACCCCUAUAAUCAACUGGAAGGUGAAGGCAUGGCUUUUGACCCCAUGCUGGAUCACCUCGGCGUGUGCUGCAUUGAAUGCAGACGAAGUUACACGCAGUGCCAGAGAAUCUGUGAGCCUCUCCUGGGCUACUACCCAUGGCCUUACAACUACCAAGGCUGCCGUACUGCCUGCCGAAUCAUCAUGCCCUGCAACUGGUGGGUUGCUCGUAUCAUGGGUGUUGUGUGAGGAAAAGCAGGGGGAGCCUUGAUAAAUUAAGUAGGAAUGCCGUGACAAACUGGUAAAAGGCUACAACCAAAGCGGCAGUACCAAUCCUGGCUUUUAAAAAUCAAAGUGUGUGUUACUGCACCAAAAGCAAGGUCAGAUAUUCACACUGUAAAUAAAAAUCUUAAUAUUCCAUUAGCUUUACAAAUGACAAGAGCAUACUCGCUUUUACUGAAUUCAAAAACUAAAACAUCCCCCCAAAAAGACAGUAAUAAACUUUGCUCACAAACUGGUUUAGCAGUCCAGAAGCUUGCUCAUAAAUCCAAAUUCAUAACAAAACCCUCUCUUCUUUCCACGCUACAAGUGAAAAUUUACAUCCAAUUAGGCAACUAGCUUAACUUGUACACUUGGGAGUACCUUUCAUCCAUGUAGCUUACUUAAAUAAAUCACAAGUUAAGUUGCUCCCCGUUGCUAUUCACACCGAGUUGCCAGGUCAUUAUGAAUGGUUAUAAACCAAUUACAGCAUACCUUUCCCACAAAGCUGCUCCGGGGGACACGGGAAAGCACCCAUUGUGCCGAAUCGGAAACAAACAGCGGGAAAAGGGGCUGCGGAAGGGAAUGUGCGUGGCCACAGAAUCAAAACCCUUCGCACAUCCCAACAUCAAAGAAGCCCCAGCAUCAAGAAUCUUGUAUCCAUGAUACCACCGUAGUGUCUAACAAGUAUCUGCUAUCCAGCUACUACAGCAGAAGUAUUUACAUGCAGUUGCAGACCAAACAGUCUCAAUGCCUCUUGCAAUCCACAACGGCCACUGUAUUUAUAAAUCCUUGAACUAGACACUUCUGACACAAGAUUUCAACCCCUCUUUAUUUCACAUGGAUAACAGCCAUUCAUGCUAGCUCCUUCAGCUUUGCUGAAGCUAACCUUCAAUCCCCACAAGAAAAACUACUUACCAGUAAGGAGGAAAGAAAAAAGAAAGAAAAAUAAGGGAGGAUUUCCAACCUCACCCUUUUUGCUUAGGCAAACUGCAAUUAUUGGGAUUGAUCUUAUUACAUACUAAGCCUCUAAGGAAGGCAGUAAGCUGAAAUGCUCCCAAAGAUGGAAUGACUUAAGGUACAUAGCCUUGAAAGAAAACAGUAAGAGGCAUUACACUGCCCUCAUGCAUACUAUACAUCCUGAACCCUAUCACUGAGUUAAUGGAGCCAUCUACAUGGGCUUUAUAAACAGACUUGUCUAUUUUUUCUUGAAGUUCACUUCCAUUUUUGUGACUAAACUACUCUCGAGAUGUUGCAAGCCCAGUAAUGUUAUUAACACUGCGUGACACACAGAAAAGAGGAAUUAAUUUGACAUAAUCAUGGCUUAACGAAAAUAAAGGCAACCUCAUAUGGAAUGCUAAACUGCAUAUCUAAAAAGCAAAGUGUUAAAUGAGAAUGAGAAUAGAAUUCAGUAUUUUGUUCUAUUGUAGCCUUUUCUUUUUUUUUAAUAGAAGCUUCACCUUCCCUUAAUCUGAAGAACAGACUUGCUUUGAAAUAUUUAAAUUAAAAACUUCUUAAAGUGGGAUUUCAAGGCCUGUAAAAUUUGAGUUUCUGCUUUUUCAAACUGAAAAUGACCUUGAUCAUUAAGUUGGUUUAGAAGUACGUCAUUCAUAUGCUUAGAAAAAGUUUUCCUUUCUGUUUUUUUUA